AUGACUCCGUCUUCUCCUUCACCUGUUCCGUCCGCAGUCUCCUCCGCCGCAAAUUCCUUACAUUCGCAUGACCGGGAUGGAGACCCUUCGGUAACACGCGCCCUGGCGGGCAUGAAUCUGUCCGCGCUCCCACAAAAUGGGGACGCCCUCUCCUCCGCGUCCUCCCCGGCCCCGAAAGCUCAGAAAGCCAAGAUGGCCAGCCGUCUCUCGCGCAUGUUUUCCGGCACCGGAAAGCAGACUCCAACUAGAGAAGUCGAUUCUCACCGUGAUCCUCUCUCCGACAGCAGCCUGGAGAGUGUUCAUCCUCCCAACGGCAAGGAGAAGUCGUCAACCGUCAACGGAAACGGAAAAGACAAACCGUCUUCCAAACCGUCUUCCAAACCGUCGUCUCGUGCAAACUCCAGACCUCCCUCUACUCGAACCCCGUCUCGACAACCGUCUCUCAAAGAGAAAGAUGAGUCCGGUGCCAAGAAGAAGACUGGUGGUGGCAAGGAUCAGAAAGACGUUGCCACCGUGCACAAGCGCUUCGAGCUUAUCCCAGAGCACUUGGGCAACCACUCCCAUAACCUACGAAGUGCACGACGACAGGAGAAAUUAACCGACCUCCUCCGAGACAUGCUGGGCGGUGGGAGAAAGAAGGGAGACGAUCAGGUCGAUGAGACGCAGUUGUCGCUGAUGUCGACCUGGAUCGAUCAGUUUAAAACCGAACGCGACAAGUUAGCCGCCGAUAAAAAGGGCGGCCCGAAUGCCACGGCAACCCUGGUGGACAAGUACGGCAAAUGCCAGGAGAUCGUCGGCCGUGGUGCUUUCGGUAUCGUCCGCAUUUCGCACAAGGUCGAUCCCCAGGACUCCAAAUGUGAGCAGCUGUAUGCCGUCAAGGAGUUCCGCCGUCGUCCUCAAGAGACUGCCAAGAAAUACCAGAAGCGAUUGACUUCGGAGUUCUGUAUCUCCUCUUCUCUCCGCCACCCCAACGUCAUCCACACCCUCGAUCUCCUGCAAGAUGCCAAGGGCGAUUACUGUGAAGUCAUGGAGUACUGUGCCGGUGGUGAUCUGUACACCCUGGUGCUUGCCGCCGGCAAACUCGAAGUUGCCGAAGCAGACUGCUUCUUCAAGCAGCUGAUGCGCGGCGUGGAGUACAUGCAUGAGAUGGGCGUUGCCCACCGGGAUCUCAAGCCCGAGAAUCUGCUGUUGACCACGCACGGUGCCCUCAAAAUCACCGACUUCGGUAACGGCGAGUGCUUCCGUAUGGCCUGGGAGAAAGAAGCCCAUAUGACCGCCGGUCUGUGUGGUUCUGCACCCUACAUCGCCCCCGAGGAAUACACCGAGAAGGAAUUUGAUCCCCGCGCUGUAGAUCUGUGGGCCGUCGGCGUGAUCUACAUGGCUAUGCGUACCGGAAGACAUCUAUGGCGUGUAGCCCGCAAGGACGAAGAUGAGUUCUAUCAGCGUUACCUGGAAGGGCGCAAACACGAGGAUGGAUACGCGCCGAUCGAGACGCUGCAUCGGGCUCGCUGCCGCAACGUGAUCUAUUCUAUCCUGGACCCUAACCCCUCUCGCCGCAUCAAUGCCUCUCAGGUCCUCAAGUCCGAGUGGGUGCGCCAGAUCAAGCUAUGCAAGGCUGGCGAGGAAGGGUUCUGA